AAACCAAAACAAACACCGGGCGCCAAGAAAACGCACGGGAAAACAGAGCAGGCAAACCCCACCGGAUUCACUCCGCCUUCUCCUCCUCCUUCCUGGGCGGAGCCCGAUCAAACACACGCCGCCGCCUCGUCCGAUGGCUACUCUCCUGUCCCCGCCGCUGCUCGCGGACUCCGUCGCCAAGAUCCACUCGGCCGCCUCAACGCCAGUCCCCUGCUCCGGCAGUGCCCUGCGAUGGGCCAUCGCAGGAUUGGCCGGUGCCGGGAGGAGUGACCGGCACCGGAGACGGAGGGCUUGGGGCAGAAGGGGCUUGAGGGUGGCUGCGGUGGCGGCGGAGUCCCGCAACCCGGAGGGGGGCGUCGCCGAAGAUUAUUACGCCGUCCUUGGCGUUAUGCCAGAUGCUACACCUCAGCAGAUCAAGAAAGCGUACUACAAUUGCAUGAAAUCAUGCCAUCCUGAUCUCAGUGGGAAUGACCCUGAUGUAACAAAUUUCUGCAUGUUCAUCAACGAAGUUUACACGGUCCUUACUGAUCCCAUACAACGAGCGGUGUAUGAUGAGAUCCACGGGUAUGUCGCGACAGCAACCAACCCUUUCUUGGAUGGCAGUGCACCCCGGGAUCACGUGUUUGUCGAUGAGUUUAGCUGCAUAGGAUGCAAGAACUGUGCUAAUGUGUGUUCUAAGGUCUUCCAAAUUGAGGAAGAUUUUGGACGAGCAAGAGUUUACGACCAAUCAGGCAACACAGAAAUGAUUCAAGAAGCUAUUGAGAGUUGUCCAGUUGACUGCAUUCAUUGGACUUCAGCUGCACAACUUUCACUCCUUGAGGAUGAAAUGCGCAGAGUAGAGAGAGUCAAUGUUGGAUUGAUGCUUGCUGGGAUGGGAGGUUCAGUUGAUGUGUUCCGGAUGGCAAGUUCACGCUGGGAGAAAAGACAAGCCAAAGUCCUGGAAAAGGUCAGAAGGCGGGUGAGCCAAGAGGAUUCCAGUAAGGGCAGCUCAUGGAGUGAUAUCUGGGGAGCACCCACAAGAUACGAGAAGAACGAAGAGGAGGCAAAGGAGAGAGCAAAGCGAGCAGCUGCUGCAGCAAGGAGGUGGCGAGAGUACUCGAGGAAAGGCGCAGACAGGCCUCCCACAUUCAAACUUCCGGAGGCAGUCUCCAAGGAGUGAGAACACAGCAAUGAGAGAAUUUAUGCUGUAUUUUAGUGCUACUUAACCCCCAUCUACUACAUGUAUAGUCUAAUCAUUUGCAGAGAGCUGUAGCCUGUAUAGCAUGCCUUCGCUCUCUGGCCCUCGAUUCCACAUGCUAUAUCUGUUAAAUCCUUGCUAGAGUAGUUCAUGUUGGUUACCCAUAGCAUACAGAUUCCAGACGCAAACAAGUGUACAAAAAGCAGGCACCUUGGUACUCUGCAAUUAUGAUUUAUGAAGCACAGACACCACUUAUUAUACUGAGA